GGCUGCUUACUGCCGGGCUGUAGUCGCGUUGUCCCAAGCAACACGCGCGAACGGUCGCCUUUUUCAGCACGGGACAUAUCCUGCACCCUCUCACUGCAAUAUGGCGACAGAGUUCCACAACCUUCAGGAGCUCCGGCACAGUCCAUCACUGGUAACCAAGGUGUUUAUACAGAGAGACUACAGUGAAGGGACUGUGUGCCGAUUCCAGACCAAGUUCCCCUCAGAGCUUGACAACAGGAUUGAGCGAACUUUACUUGAGGAGACGGUGAAGACCCUCAACUCUUAUUAUGCUGAGGCUGAAAAAAUCGGAGGUCAGUCAUACCUGGAAGGAUGUCUGGCUUGUGCAACAGCUUACAUCAUCUUCCUCUGCAUGGAAACGCGAUAUGAAAAGGUGCUGAGGAAGAUAUCAAGUUACAUCCAGGAGCAGAAUGAGAAGAUCUAUGCUCCUCGAGGUCUGCUGCUCACAGACCCCAUAGAGAGAGGAAUGAGGGUUCUGGAGAUCAGUGUGUUUGAAGACCGGGGCUCAGGCGGCUCCAGUCCCAGCAGCACCAUGUCAUCAGGCAGCAGUGCUCGGUGACUGGAGGGGCAGCACCAGGCUUAUGGAUACCACCACAGGGGCAGCGGCACACUUACCAACAUCCGCAUGCUGAAACAUGAGAGCACCAGGUUCUAGGAUAAGUGGAGAGAAAAAGGCGAGGAGGUGAUUCACAACAUUCAUACUCUCUCUGCUGAGGCCUACAAUGUAUCACCUCCAGAAGAAGAGCUGGCUUAAAAACACACCCUGGAUACAAAACAGAAUAAACACAAGUGCAACAGAACCCACACAUACUGUAAGCAUUAGACACAUAACAGCAUCCAGAGUUUCUGUAAAGAAAUAUCCUACACUCUCCAAGAGCUAUCCAAACUUAAAUAAUCAUAUGUUGUUUUUGCUCUAUUUUUUUUUCAUUUACCUUUGCUUUCAUUCCAUCAUAUCUGUUUUCCCUUCAUUAGACUAAAUUUCAAUGCUCAAUUUUUAUUUAUUUUUUUUGAUAAAAGGCCACUGUACAGACUUUGUCUGUUCAUGCAUUGGCAUUGCAGUCUUAGGUUUGUGCAACAUCUCUGAAAUCUGAAAGGAAGAAAACCACCACCCUACUGGGAGACUCGUAGCUGUCUGUUCUUGCUAAAUGACUGCAUUCAUCUUAGGUGGUUUAGGUCAAGCUGCUUUGAAUCCUGGCAAAUUGGGCCAACUGUGGGACUGCUUGGUUCUCUGCUCUGCUCACAUACACUUGGCUUCAAUAUCAAAAGGCUAACAGAGAGCACCUUGAAUUAUUUAUUCGUCUCAUUCACAGGAGUGAAUACAAGUGAUCCACAUCACAGCUGUAGGUCAUGCUCGAACAUACUGUUUCUCACUCUCUUUCGCUCUCUUCCUGCAUAGUCACAUACUUGCGCAUAGAAAUGCACACAGCCAUGUCAAAGUGCUGCCCUGAAAAAGAUACAUAUUUGCGUGGGGACAUGCACAUAUGCUUCUACACAAAUACACACCUGUAGCUUGUGGCCAUGUGUACCUGCACAAAAGCAGAUUCUGGUAGACUUAGAGUUGGAGUUGACCUGCGUCUCAGCUCAUUGGGAAAACAAGCAAACCCAGGCCCUUCAAGACUCUGGUAGUUCCCCUGUUCCCCUGUGUGUCUGUGCCAUUCGAUCCAGCUUAGCAGAGAUCAUUAAGAAAAUAUUAAACAUCAAGGAUCAGUACUUUAAAUAAGACACUGACUCAGUCUGACUUGUUUGGUUCAGAAGAAGCCAAAAGACAGUGGGCUCUUAUCUCUACACCUGCUACAUGCAUGAAACAGUGUGGGUGUUAUUGGCAGAUGCAUGUUUAUAUGUGAGUAUAGGUGUGUGCAACAGAGUCAGCCCACACAAAGUUCAAUACCUAAACCUACACAAAAGCAAUGAUUAAAAAAUGUCUCUGUUUACUUUAAGUAGCAUUUACCACAAUAUGUUGAUGCAGAUAACAAAAUUUGAUCAGAUAAACAGUAAAUUAGACACAUUGAGUUUUAACACAAAAAUAACAUAAUAUGGGUUAGAUUGAAAACUAAUGUCCAUCUAAUAUUACUUAUUCACACUGCUGCACUAUGCUACGGGUAACUUACAA